GUCUGCCCGCCGCAGAACCGCGGUAUGCGGUCGCACUGUUAUCGUGGGCGUGUCUACUACAACGGCGGCCGUGGAAACCUACAUAUUUUAUUUAUUUUUUUGUCCUCAUAAACUCGUAAAAUAACAAUAUUAUUAUUGUAUUGUGCAUAAAAAUAUUAUCGUAAUCGGACGAAGCGUUUUGUUUGCCGUUUCCAAUUUCCCAUAGAAGGAAGAAGAACGUUCUGCGAAACGGUGCGGAAGGACGUCGGCCACGUCUCUUUUACUCUCUCCAAAAAACCGAACGAAUCGGCGUGGACGGCACCAGCCAGUGUCGCAGCUCCGGGACACCGUCUGCCAAUCAGUACACAGUGUUGUUUUGGUGUUGUGGUGUACGCGUUUUUUAGUUCAUUGCGUACCACCGGUUGUCGUGUGGCGCGCAGGGACGCUCUUAUUUUUAUGUUUUUGCCGUUGUUUUCAUUCUGAUUUUGUUGUUAUUGUUCCAGUUUUUUAGUUUUGAUUUUUUGUUUCUCUAGCGAUAUUAUCGUAUUCGUCAUAGCUUAAUACACAAGACAUAGAAAAAAGAUUAAAUACAAGACGUAUAGGUUGUGUACAACAGUGUACUUCGUUUUCGUGUUCAUCCGACGGUCGCCGAACUGUGUAUCAUGACUUAAUCAAGAUCACUUAAUUCAAUCAGAUAAAAAUAAGUAUCAAAAACCAGCAUGUCCCAGAGAUCGUGAAUGAAAUAUAGGUAUCUAGUGUCUAAAUAACUGUUACAUUUUUAUUUUAAACUAUGUAAUACUGAUUUUUUUUUUAUGACCGUAAUUUGUAUUAGAUAUUGUAAAUCAAGAAUUUAAUUUAUAUAUUAACUGGUAAUUUAAACUAUUAAAAUAGUUAUUUUUAUUUUUAAAUAGAGUAUUCCUAAAAGCCCUUUAAAAUGUAUGGAAUGACAUCGGCAAUAAGUGAUGCUCUUCCGACAGACAUUGAUAUACAGUUAACAAAAUCAUUAGAUGAUGCUCUUUCAAGAGAAAAAGUUAUUACUACUGAUGAAGAUUUAUCUCAAAGGCUUGAAGUAUUAUCAAUGCUUAAUAAUUUGGCUAAAGAGUGGAUACGUGAAGUUAGUAUGGAAAGAAAUUUACCCGAAAUAACUGCUGAAAAUGUUGGAGGAUUAGUAUGCACAUUUGGAUCCUAUCGUCUUGGCGUUUAUCAUAAAGGUGCUGAUAUUGAUGCCAUUGUCAUUGUCCCAAGGCAUAUAACCAGAACUGAUUACUUUGCAACAUUUUAUAAUAAGUUAAAAGAAAACCCUAGUAUAAACAAUGUUCGAGCUGUUGAAGAAGCUUUUGUUCCUGUAAUCAAAAUGAUAAUACAAGGCAUUGAAAUUGAUAUGUUGUUUGCGCGUCUUGCUUUAAAAGAAGUACAUGAAGAUACUGAUUUGCAACAGGAUGAUCUGUUGAGAAAUUUGAAUCCAAAAUGUGUACGAAGUUUAAAUGGAUGUCGUGUAACAGAUUCUAUUUUACGAUUAGUUCCAAAUCGAGAAUCGUUCAAGAAAACAUUAAUUGCAAUAAAAUUGUGGGCAAAACGUCAUAGAGUUUACUCAAAUGCUUUAGGAUACCUUGGAGGGGUUUCUUGGGCAAUGUUAGUAGCAAGAGUAUGUCAGUUAUAUCCAAAUGCAGCACCAGCAACUUUGAUACACAAGUUUUUUUUAAUAUUUUCUAAGUGGCAAUGGCCUCAGCCUGUCUUAUUAAAACCAUCAUAUUUUAUGGAUCUCGGAUAUCCAGUUUGGGACCCAAGAGUAAAUAUGGCGGAUCGUAAUCAUGUUAUGCCUAUUAUAACUCCAGUUUAUCCUCAACAAAAUUCAACUUUUAAUGUUUCUCAUUCCACACUAGCCAUAAUACAAGAUGAAUUUAAAACAAGUCUAGACAUUAUGGGAGAAAUUUUAACUGGAGAAUCUAGUUGGUCAAAAAUUUUUCAACCGUCUAAAUUUUUCACAAAAUAUAGAUAUUUCUUGGCCAUAACUGUGUUUGCAAACUGUGAUGAAGAAUUACUUGAAUGGAGAGGGUUAGUUGAAUCAAGGCUUCGUUUUUUGCCUACAUCUUUAGAAGAAAUUGAAUGUGUCCAAAGAUCUCAUUUAAAUCCUGACCAGUUUGUACUACCUUAUGAUAAAUCACAAGGAAGGCCAUCAUCAGUUUGGUUUGUUGGUCUAGAAAUAUCAAAGUCUAAUGGCACAGUGGUUAAUUUGGAUUUUAGUACUCAUAUCCGUGAUUUCUGUUUAUUGGUGAAAAGUAGAGCUCAUACUAUUUUCAAAGCUGGAAUGGAUAUACAAGUUAAUCAUUUAAAAAGAAAAGACUUGAGAGAUUAUGUACCUGAUGAGUUAAAAAAAGAAAAAGCUAUUCCAAAUACUGUUGGUAGUAAAAUUAUUGCACGAUUAUCGACGGAGGGUAGACAUUCUAUAUCAGAAUUAGUGGAAGAAUCACAAAAGAGUCCUACAUCUAGAAAACGUAGCAUUGAAGAUGAAACUGAUGAUAAUAUCAUAAAAAAAACCCUAUUGUCGAACGAUGACAUUUUUGUCUUGGGAUCUGUAGAAUCUCAUAGAAGUCCGUCAUCUGAAAAUAAAUCGAAUAACCUAGUUAAUACUCUUCUGUCAACCGCAAAAGAAAAUCAUUCUAUAUUAACCGAAAAUGAAACCAAAGAAAAUAUUAAUAUUGUAAAAGAAUCUCUAUUACUAACUGAUGCCAGACAUUCCACUAUCGAAUCGGAGGAUUCCCUGACUAGUCCAGUAUCAAAUAAAUGUUGUGCUGAUGAUGAAAGUGAAGAAAAUGAUCAGAAAAAAUUAAGGCUUCUUCAUCCAACUGUUGCCUAAUUACCCAUGUGUUCAUAUGAUAUAAAUUUUCAAACAAAAUAUAUAUAUAUA